AUGCAAUCUGCCAAACAAAUCCGUGGUCAAACGUGUCCCCAAAUGGCUGACCAAAUAGGUAACCAAAAUGCUAACCAAACGUGUGACCGGCAUCCUAGUUGCGGACUAAAAUCGCCACUUCAGUCAUUCCUAGAGGACGGAUUACAAGGGUUCCUCCCGCAUUCGUUUACAAAACCUGGGUGUAAGCUGGAAUGCGCUGUGCCGAAUCACUUCGGUAAACCAUGCCUCACUCCCAUGGGUUUCUCGGAUAUUUCUAUUACAGCCUCUCAUUCAUCCAAAGGGAAACGUAUUAAGGACCUCCUUGAACGUUUCUGCGGUAGGCCGGAUGCACCCUUGGCUUCACUUUGCUCUUCCUUAACAUGUGUGUUACAACGUGCUCCGCAGACGCUUGGCGAUAUGUUCGGUUUCUUCCAGGGAUACCUGUCCAGCUGGAGCGGCGGUGGCAUAAAGCAUAAGCAGGAUGCAUUUAACGAGGCUGUACGGAAAGCGUAUUUCGACGUUCAGUAUGACAAUUUAAUUGUUACUUCGAUACAACAGAGCAGUAAUCACAAAAAUGGCAAGCAUCUCACCGGUGACCUCUUCUCGCUCAUUGAAUGCAAAAGUGACAGUGACUCUCCCGCCCAUCCAUGCGGAGCAUACUUGCAGGCUAUUUGCGAUGACACCCGUGUAAAGUAUUCCAAAGAACACGCGGAUAGAUAUCUAUCAUGGGUUGUAUACAUUACUGAAACAUUCUACGAUCUGCUUAAAAAGCUGUACGACGAGUGCAGUAGUAAGUGCGGCGAUGAUAAGCCAAAGUGUCGUACGGGUAAAUGCCCUGAGGGCUGUGAUACACAAAGGCUGCCGAUGUCUGAAAUUGCGAAACACAAUGCCUCCUGUAGCUCAAUUUUGAAAUGCCCGUCUACUCAUCCAACACUAUACAAAUAUGGCUUCACAUUUGGAAGUCCAUUUUCAUUAAGCGGCGAAAAAUCGGAAACGACAAAACGUACGUGUCACGAUUUCUGUAAGGUAUUAAAAAUCGUCGUGAAAGAGAAUAACGCACUCCAUAAAUUGGCUCAUGAAAUUAUUCCCCAAUUCCUUUGGGAUAUCAGAAGCAAAUUCUUCUGGACUACCGUCGCACUUUGGUCACUAUCCCUCUUCUACCUCCUCCACAUCAUGGUCAUCCGACUCGACCUGCUCCACAUCAAAUCGCAUUUAAAUAGUCCCUCGUCCCAUCGCAUAGCUGCUCAAUCACUACUUGCUGCUGCACGGUGUUUUACCUGCAACCAUAAUCGUACUCACGUGUUUACUGUCUACACUCACCUAGCAUCACCUACUCACCUAACUUAUGAAUUGUUGUCUAAUGUUUUGAAUCACUCAUUAAUCGUUGUAUGUGAUUGUGUAGUAGUUAACUUAUGUGGUGACCAAUGUGUUGACCAAUGUGCUGACCAAAGUGUUGACCAACGUGGUGACCAAUGCCAUGACCAACGUGGUGACCAAUGCCAUGACCAACGUGCUGACCAAGGUGCUGACCAAAGUGCUGACCAAGGUGCUGACCAAGGUGCUGACCAACGUGUUGACCAAAGUGGUGACCAACGUGCUGACCAAGGUGCUGACCAAAGUGGUGACCAAAGUGGUGACCAACGUGUUGACCAAGUUGAUGGUCACGGCAGCGAUGACAUGGUCACGGCAGCGAUGACAGUGGUGACCAAGUUGAUGUUACGGCAGCGAUGA